GGCUUGUGGGUUUUGGGACAUUAGGGUUUCAAAUUUUCUUCCCCAGGGCAAUUGCAGCAAAACAGAGAUCUUCUGCUGUUAUAUUUUGUCUUUUUUGAUGUUCUCUGUUCAAAGAUUUUAACAGUUGGUGGUAAAUAGACUCCAGGGUCUAGAAAUUGGCAGUUUCUGUUAACAGUUUAGUGUUCUUGGAUCUCUGGAAUAAAAGUCGUUAAGAUGAACUCUGCAGACAUUGUGAAUUUGUGUAGUGAUGAUGAACUUGGGGAGGUAGAUGUAAAACCAAUCAAAGUGGAGCCAUGUCUUGUUGGGGGCUCAGUGAAGCGAAAACAGCAUCAGAAAGCCCAAGCAGCUGAGCUUCAUGACUCCAAUAUCCAACCUAGAACACAAGAAUCUGAAGAAAAUAGAAGCUCAAAUGCUUUAAGUACUGGUCAUAGCAGCAAUAGUGUUUUGGAGCAGGGUCUUUCCCCAGUGGGAAUGGAUGAUGCGGUUGUUUCUUCAGUGGCAACUCUAUCUCCAGCUCCCAUCUGUCGCCAGUUUUGGAGAGCCGGGGACUAUGAUGGGGGGCUUAGUUCAAAAGUCACGCUCCAAAAUAGCAAGAAUCAUCUGCAAGUUCAUCCUAUGUUCCUUCAUUCCAAUGCCACUUCACAUAAGUGGGCGUUUGGUGCUGUGGCAGAACUACUUGAUAAUGCCAUUGAUGAGAUCCAAAAUGGAGCCACUUUUGUCAUUGUAGAUAAAAUCUCAAACCCAAGGGAUGGUAGUCCGGCAUUGUUAAUUCAAGAUGAUGGCGGUGGAAUGGACCCUGAUGCAAUGCGUCACUGUAUGAGUUUUGGAUUUUCAGAUAAGAAGUCAAAAUCUGCUAUUGGACAAUAUGGUAAUGGUUUCAAGACUAGUUCUAUGAGACUCGGCGCUGAUGUUAUCGUCUUCAGUCGUCACCUCAAUAAUAGGUCGUUAACGCAAAGCAUAGGUCUCCUCUCUUAUACAUUCCUGACGAAAACAGGCCAUGACAGAAUAGUGGUUCCUAUGGUGGAUUAUGAGUUUAAUACAUUGACUGGGUCAUUAGAUGUGUUGCAUGGUAGAGAACAUUUUGUGGCUAAUCUUUCCAUUUUAUUGGAGUGGUCCCCAUAUUCAACAGAAGCUGAGCUUCUGAAGCAAUUUGAUGACAUUGGCUCCCAUGGCACAAAAAUUGUUAUCUACAAUUUAUGGUUCAAUAAUGAAGGGAAUUUAGAGCUAGACUUCGAUUCUGAUUCUAAGGACAUUCGGAUACAAGGGGACACUAAGAAGAUUGACACAAUACCUGCUUGGAGAACUGUAAAUGAACAGAAUAUUGCUAACCAAUUCAACUAUUCUCUGCGUGUAUACUUGUCUAUUCUGUACUUGCGAGUUCCUGAAACUUUCAAAAUAGUGUUGCGUGGGGAAGUUGUUGAGCAUCAUAAUGUUGUUGAUGAUCUUAAAUACAUAGAAUACAUAUUGUAUAGGCCUCAAUCUGGUGGAAAUGUUGAGGGUACAGCUGUAACUACAAUUGGUUUUCUUAAACAAGCUCCGCAAGUUAAUAUCCAUGGAUUUUGUGUGUACCACAAGAACCGUCUUAUUUUGCCAUUUUGGCAGGUUGUUAGCUAUUCAGAUAGUAGGGGUCGAGGAGUGGUUGGUGCUCUGGAAGCUAAUUUCAUUGAACCAACUCAUAAUAAACAAGAUUUUGAGAGAACUUCCCUCUUUCAGAAGCUUGAAUGUCGCUUGAAGGAAAUGACAUGGGAAUACUGGGAUUAUCAUUGUGGACUAAUAGGAUACCAGCCCAAGAAAAAGCCUCGAAUACCAGAAUCUUCUCAGAUUUCAUCUGACUAUACUGGAAAAAGUAGUGUGCAACAACCUGUUUUACUUAAUCAACAUUCACUACCUCACUCUCAUAGUAGAGCAGCACAAGGAUUACAUACAAAGAGGAAGGAGCAAGGUAAUUUAGCUGAAUUUGAGAAAGUUAAGCAGCAGGCAGGGAAUGGUGGCAAUGCAGUUGUACAGCCUGCCAAUACUAUUAUUUCAAAUAACUCCAGAAAUCAAGAAGCUACUACCUUGAUGCAAGAAAAUCAGAAGCUACAUGCAAAAUGCUCUGAAUAUGAGAAAAGAGGCGAAGAACUUAAUGUGAAGGCGACACAACUCAGAAGGGAAAUAGAAGAGGUUCAGCGCGAGUAUGAUAGGCUAUUGAAAGAAUUAGAGUCCUUGGAUGUUGUCAAGGAGGAAAAGAAUGUUAAUACGUAGAUUUUCUCAAUUUUGUCAAUUCAUUUAUCUGUAACAUAGUUUUGUACUGUAACAUCACGAUGUGCAUUAGGCUGUCAAAGGAGAAAAAGAAAAAAAAGGAAGUGCCAAAAGUUUCAUAGAAGUAGUGAUUCCAAAUAUUAGAAGAUACAUACCCGUCUCUUUCUUAAAUUUGACAUCGUAAUUUGUUACAACUUCUAAGUUGAAAUGGAUAUAAAAACGACUUAGAUGGGUGCAAAAAGACUAAAGAAUUUUGUAAACAAUAAAAACCAGGAAAAAUUUUGCAGUGAUCAAAUGCCCUAUUCUUAGGUUUUAUCUGUGGCUCCUGUAACCAUCUUGAGGUGAAAAAAUGCUGGCCGUAGAAAUAUGCUCAUUUCUUGAAGGAGCCAGUGCCAUGGAGUUCACUCUCCAGUACCCGUUAUUCCUUCUCUUCACAUCUCCAUAGACGCAUCUCUCUUCUUCCCCUAUUUUAUCGCUUCCAGCGGUCCCAUCUGAGUUGGAGAUCGAAACUUUUCUCCAGUUGCACCAUAUCCUCAGCAUGAUAUAGAGCAUCACCAGGCAUACGACGGCAGAAGUAAAGACAAUGGCAACCGUAAUACAUACAGCUGCAGUUC